CGACAUGUUCGUGAUAGAACCGGUUCGCUCGUGGCCCUACUAGUGGGGAUUAUACACUAGCACUCGUGGCCCUACUAAUGGGGAUUAUACACUAGUACUCGUGUGCCUGCCAGUGGGAGGUUUAUAACAUUGGCCAUGACUAAUAGAGGAGACCACUACGUGAUUUUACUUGCAUUAAUGAUUUGUUAUUGAAAUGCUCUGUUCAUGUUUCAACCGAUUAUUUGGCAUGCUUUAAACUUUGAAGUCGGGCCCCCAUGUUUACUUACUGAGAUAUUUCUAUCUCAUAGUUUCCUUGUCCACCAUUUCAGGCUUAAAUCUGAAUUGCUAAGUAAGGACUCAGUAGGUCUCGAGCCUUGUGCAUAUGUGGGUCCCGCUCACGAGUGCACGACGUCUGUUUCGCUCUCGGUUUGGGGCGUGACAGAUUUUGUGGGACACCGGAUUGCAAAUUGUCCACUGCUAGACCCCAAAGCCCAGAGUACUCAGCCUACCUCUCCGCAGAGUUCUACCAGUCAGGGGGCGCAGAAACAGAGUACCAGGGUUCGGACGAGAGCCCAGCAGGCGAGAGUACAAGUGAUGACUCAUAAGGAAGCUGCGGCCACCGACGUAAUCACGGGUACCUUGCCUGUUAACUCUGAUUAUGCGCAUGUUUUAUUUGAUUCGGGUGCGUCGCACUCUUUUAUUACUCGAUCUUAUGUUUUGAAACGAGCCUUGCCUGUUGAUACCUCUGAUUGUGAACUGCAUGUGGACACCCCUUUAGGAGGGAUGAUGACUACUAGGGAGAUGUGUAGGACUGUAGAUAUUUAUAUUGAUGGUAGACAGCUGAGUGCUAGUCUGUUUGUGUUAGAUAUCUCCGAUUUUGAUAUCAUUUUGGGGAUGGAUUGGCUGUCAAAACACUUUGCCUCUAUAGACUGUCAUCGGAAAUGGGUAAUUUUUAAUAUUCUUGAUGAGCCAGAAUUUAGUUUUCAAGGCAGUGGUUCUUUUGCUCUACCCGUGUUAGUAUCUGACUUGCAAGCUCAGAAAUAUCUUGUAAAUGGUUGCCAAGGUUUCCUAGUCUCCGUUACUGAUGCUAGUAGUGUGACAUCGAGACUAGAAGACAUACCGGUGGUGCGUGAGUUUUCGGAUGUAUUUCAGGAGGAUUUCCCAGGUUUACCUCCGGAUAGAGAGGUUGAAUUUGCCAUUGACCUUGUUCUUGGCAUCGGACCCGUUUCCAAAGCACCAUACCGUAUGGCUCCUGCAGAAUUGAAGGAGUUAAAGGUCCAGCUGGAGGAACUCCUUGAGAAAGGGUUUACACGCCCUAGUGUAUCACCUUGGGGAGCUCCAGUGUUGUUUGUCAAGAAGAAGGAUGGGAGCAUGAGGCUAUGCAUUGAUUACCGGGAAUUGAAUAAGGUGACUGUGAAGAACCGGUAUCCCCUUCCUAGAAUUGAUGACUUGUUUGACCAGCUCAAGGGUGCCCAGGUAUUUUCCAAGAUUGAUCUUCGAUCUGGCUACCACCAGUUGAAGAUUAAAUCGGAUGAUGUGCCAAAGACUGCCUUUCGCACCCGUUAUGGUCAUUAUGAGUUCAUAGUCAUGCCAUUUGGCUUGACGAAUGCCCCUUCCAGAUUUAUGGAUUUGAUGAAUCGAGUGUUUAGCAACUAUGCUCUUCAUGAGAAGCACUUGAGGACAGUCCUCGAGACGUUGAGAAGGGAGAGGCUGUUUGCUAAAUUCAAGAAGUGUGAAUUUUGGCUAGACAAUGUUGCAUUCCUAGGUCACGUGGUGACUAAGGAUGGAAUCUCUGUUGACCCCCAGAAAAUUGAGGCCGUGGUUGAUUGGAAAAGGCUGAAUAGUGUUGUAGAAAUCCGUAGAUUUCUGGGAUUGGCUGGUUAUUACCGCCGAUUUGUGGGGGAUUUCUCUAGAAUUUCUCUGCCCAUGACUCGUCUUAUCAGAAAGGACACCAAGUUUGAGUGGACCCCAGAGUGUGAGAAGAGCUUUUUGACCUUGAAGGAGAAGUUGAUCACUGCUCCUGUACUUGCACUUCCAAUUAAUGGGGAAAAAUUCACUAUAUAUAAUGAUGCCUCUAAAAAGGGUUUGGGAUGUGUCUUGAUGCAAAAAGAUAGGGUUAUUGCAUAUGCUUCUCGGCAGUUAAAGCCUUAUGAAGAAAAUUACCCUACCCAUGAUCUGGAGUUGGCAGUCGUGGUAUUUGCACUCAAGAUCUGGAGGCAUUAUCUGUAUGGUGAGACUUGUGAAAUCUCCACUGAUCACAAGAGCCUUAAGUAUAUUUUCACUCAAAAGGAGCUUAAUAUGAGGCAGAGGCGAUGGCUUGAACUUUUAAAGGACUACAACUUGACCAUUAGCUACCAUCCGGGCAAGGCUAACAAGGUAGCAGAUGCGUUGAGCAGGAAGUCCUCUGGCACAGCCUCUAGCAUCCUUGCCACUCAGAAGGAGUUACUUGAGGAUCUUCAGGCACUUGGUACUCAAUUAAAUUUCAGCACGGCCUUUCAUCCUCAAACUGAUGGGCAAUCUGAGAGAACUAUUCAGAUACUUGAGGACAUGUUGAGGGGUUGUGUUCUAGAUUGGAAGGGUUCAUGGGAUCAACGCUUAUCCAUGGCUGAACUUGCAUAUAAUAAUAGUUAUCAGUCCAGCAUCCGCAUGGCACCGUUGGAGGCUUUGUAUGGUCGAAGGUGUAGAUCACCUGUUUGUUGGACGGAAGUGGGCAAAAGGAGCAUUUUAGGCCCAGAAUUGGUGCAGCAAUCUUCUGAGAUUGUGCAGUUGAUCAAGGAAUGCCUUCGUGCUGCACAAAGCAGGCAGAAAAGCUAUGCGGAUAGAAGGAGACGAGACCUUGAGUUUGAAGUUGGUGACCAUGUAUUUUUGAAGGUGUCACCCACUCGAGGUGUUCUCAGGUUUGGCAUCCGGGGAAAAUUGAGUCCGAGGUAUAUUAGACCAUAUCCUAUCUUGGAAAGGAUUGGCAAGGAAAUUAGUGGGUUUGAUUGUUGUGUGAUGUCCGAGAGAAAAUGGGGAGAAUUCUGUGAAUUGGCCAUUUUUUUGUCAAGGCCGGUUCUCCCAAAUUCCUGUCCAUUAGUUUGAGAAAUUGUAUAUCUGUAAUUGUGUAAUUGUGUAAUUGUGUAAUUGUGUAUACAUAGAUAUUAAUUGGGAACAUUGUGAUUAGGUCCUUGAUUGUCCUGUGGCCUUAGCACUGGGAUUAGGCCUUCUGUCCUGUGUAAUUAAGGUAAGUAAAUUAUGGUAAAGCCCUUCGAUUUAAAACAUGUUUUAAAUUGUUUUUGAGAUGGUGGCAAGGUUUAAAUUGAUUUUAUCAGCAUCUGAGUGUCAUUUAACUGAAAUGAAACUUGUGAUGAUUUUUAUGAAAGAUAAUUAUUUUCUGGAAUUGAGCAUGAUUGGAAUGAAAAUGGGAAUUUCAUUGUUUUCUAGAAUUGAGCAUGCCCAUAUGAGAUUCUUCAGUUUAUUUUUGAAAGUGAGAACGAUCGUGAAUCGUGGUUUCUGUAAAUCUUGCUUGGUUUUGUCUCCGAUAUGGUCGUGUAAUCGUGACCCCGCUAGUGGGGGAGGUUACAAACGCUAGCACAUGUCAACAUGUUCGUGAUAGAACCGGUUCGCUCGUGGCCCUACUAGUGGGGAUUAUACACUAGCACUCGUGGCCCUACUAGUGGGGAUUAUACACUAGCACUCGUGGCCCUACUAGUGGGGAUUAUACACUAGCACUCGUGGCCCUACUAGUGGGAGGUUUAUAACACUGGCCAUGACUAAUAGAGGAGACCACUACGUGAUUUUACUUGCAUUAAUGAUUUGUUAUUGAAACGCUCUGUUCAUGUUUCAACCGAUUAUUUGGCAUGCUUUAAACUUUGAUGUCGGGCCCCCAUGUUUACUUACUGAGAUAUUUCUAUCUCACGGUUUCCUUGUCCACCAUUUCAGGUAGUGAGACCCAACGCGUGGGAAGCCCGGGGGAGUGACGAGCUAGACGGCUAGGCACUUUUGGACUUAGGUUUUUGUAGCUAAGCCGUUAGUCACCCAUGCUUGACAUAGAAAAUUUUGUGUACGGAAUUUAGUGUUAGUC